GAAACACACUUCACAAUGGAGCACCGAAUUGAGCGAGCGAGUCUUGAUAUCCCAGACAACGCAUCCACAUCACAUCACUUUUCGACAGAAAGUUUACGAAACGAUGGAACGGAUGACGUAGAGAAGUUUCAUCUGUUGGGUGAUGGAGACAAAAGGUCUGAAAAAGGCUCGUGGUGGAAUCCGUGGUCAACAAAAGUUCUCACCAUCGUGACGAUCCUCAAUCUUUCCUUGUUUUGCACAUCAAUUUUCGUAUUCUCUGCGUCAAGAUCUUCAAAACAGCCAUCAGAUCAAGACAGUUGGAGAGCGACCUCUUAUUAUUCCCCAGUAUUCGAUCGUUUCAAAAUCCCCAAGCUCACGAAAGUUACGAACGGUACAUUCUGGGACACCGACCCUCCAUCGAUAUGGCGUGUCCGCAAAGGCCCCGAAGCAGAUAAAGCGUGGAAAGCCAUAGGGAGCAACAUCGCACCGAUAAUUAUAAGUAGUUCCGACGUGGUCAAACUAGGCAAAGACCCCAAGACAGCCGUCAAAGCACCACCAGAAAUGAACCUAGGGUCCGACGCAUUCAUAGCGGGUAUGGACGUCUUCCAUCAUUUGCAUUGCUUGGAUAAGCUGCGGAGAGAGAUAUCGUACACGCACUAUCACGAGGCGGAUGAAGGACCGCGACCUGGCUCGGAAUUGCACGAGGCGCAUAUUGAUCACUGUCUUGAUAUCUUGUCGCAGGCAUUGAGGUGUACGGGAAGUGUUGAUAUGGUGACAUUCAAUUGGGUUGAGGGGCACCGGAUGCCACAGCCAGAUUUCAGUAAUAACAAAGUCUGUCGGAAUUUCGAGGCGUUGAGAGAAUGGACGAUAGCGAAUGGGGUGGACAGCGAUCAUUUCUUCAAGGCUGCUGAUAAGCCACCGGCAGAUGCUGUUGUUAUACCAGAGUUUCGUCCCCACCACAAAUGA